AUGUGGACCUUUGUGAGCGCUGGGAGCAGCGGUGGCGAUCCGCUCUUGCGCUCGUUAAACAAUAAUAAGGGCCGGCAAACUUGGGAGUUCAAUGAGAAGGCAGGCACGCCAGAGCUGCGCGCGGAGGUGGAGCGCCUUCGAGCAGAUUUUACCGCCAACAAAGAUAAACAACAUCAUUCAGCGGAUGAGCUUUUAAGACUGCAGUCCGCGGAUCGCAUCCGCGCCAAGAAGCAUGCCCCGCCAUCUGGCGAGGUACCGGAGCAGCUCACACCGGAACGCGUGGAGGCGCAUCUUAACGGCGCUAUCAGCUUUUACGAAUGCUUACAACAAGAUGAUGGUCACUGGCCCGGUGAUUAUGGUGGACCGAUGUUCCUGCUCCCUGGCCUGGUCAUCGGUCUAUACACCACGGGCGCGCUGGACCAGGUCUUCACUCCGCACCACAAGCAGGAGGCUCUUCGCUACCUGGCCAACCACCAGAACGACGAUGGCGGGUUCGGGUUGCACAUCGAGGGCGGCUCCACCAUGUUUGGGACGGGGCUGAACUACGUGAUGGCUCGGCUGCUUGGCAUGGGGCCGGAUGAGGACCUCACCAGGCGAGCUCGCGAAUGGGUAAAUUCACGCCCGCGGGGGGGCUACCUACAUCACCAGCUGGGGCAAGUUCUGGCUGGCAGUGCUCGGGGUGUACCCUGGGACGGCAUGAACCCGCUUACACCGGAAAUGUGGCUGCUCGCCGUACAGCAAAUGGACGGGCAUCGGCUACCUGCACCCGGGCCGCUUCUGGUGUACCUCCCUAUGAGUUACGUGUACGGCAUGCGGGGCACGUGCAAGGAGACGGCCCUCACCGCCGCCAUCAGCCAACCCCUCCCCCCGCGCUCUCACCUCCGGAACUCACCACCCGGGUCCCACCACAUCCGAACCUGGCCAACCCACAUGCCGUACAGGCAGGAGCUGUACCCCAUGCCGUACAGUAAGAUUGACUGGAACGCAGCUCGCAACCAGUGCGCUAAGGAGGACCUCUACUACCCGCACCCGCUGGUGCAGGACGUCCUGUGGUGGGCGCUGUACAGGGCGGAAAACGUACUGCAGGGGAGCUUCCUUCGCCGCAUGGCGCUGAAGGAGUGCAUGAAACACAUCCACUACGAGGAUGAGAACACCCGCUACAUCGACAUCGGCCCGGUCAACAAGGUCGUCAACAUGCUGUGCUGUUGGCUGGAAGAUCCGAACGGACUGCCGUACAAGAAACAUCUGGUCCGAGUUGCCGACUACUUGUGGGUUGCUGAGGACGGUCUCAAGAUGCAGGGCUAUAACGGCAGCCAGCUGUGGGACACGUCCUUUGCUGUCCAGGCCCUGGCGGAGGCGGGGCUGCUGGACGUGACCGCCGCCUCCCUGGCCCGCGCACACGCCUACGUGGAGCAGAGCCAGGUGGUGGAGGAGGCCGCGCCCCCCCUGGACCGCUACUACCGCCACAUCUCCAAGGGCGCCUGGCCCUUCUCCACACGGGACCACGGCUGGCCCAUCUCCGAUUGCUCCUCGGAGGGGCUCAAGGCGGCGCUCGCGUUGGCAGGGCUGCCCGCGGACAAGGUGGGGGAACCCAUCCCCGCCGAGCGGCUGUACGACUGCGUCAACGUUAUCUUGUCGUACCAGAACUCCGACGGCGGCAUGGCCACCUACGAGAACACGAGGUCGUUCCACUGGCUGGAGAUUCUGAACCCCGCCGAGACGUUCGGUGACAUCAUCGUGGACUAUUCGUACGUUGAGUGUACGAGCGCCUGCAUUACCGCUCUGGCCGCAUUCCGCAAGCGCCACCCCGACCACCGCCCCUCGGAGAUAUCCGCAGCUCUGGGCCGGGCAGAGGCCUUCAUCCGCUCAAUUCAGCGAGCGGAUGGGUCAUGGUACGGCUCCUGGGGCGUGUGUUUCACAUACGCAUGCUGGUUUGGCAUCACGGGGCUGGUGGCAUUGGGCCAUAACUACCACAACGACCCGGCAGUACGGCGGUGCUGCGAGUUCUUGGCAGUACGGCAGCGGGAGGACGGCGGCUGGGGCGAGAGCUACUUGUCGUGCCAGGACAAGGUGUACAGCCAGCUUGACGGCGACAGUCACGUGGUCAACACCUCCUGGGCGAUGUUGGCGCUGCUGGCAGCUGGUUACCACAGGGUGGACCCCGCCCCCUUCCAUCGAGCCGCUCGCUUCCUGCUCCGCAUGCAGCUGCCCAGCGGUGACUGGCCCCAGCAGCACAUCUCCGGCGUGUUCAACCGCAACUGCAUGAUCACGUACGCCAACUACCGGAACAUCUUCCCCAUUUGGGCGCUGGGCCACUAUCGCCGAUUGGUGCUUCUGGGAGAGGAGGAGAUCACCAAGCAUUGA